UUUCCUGUUGUCCACGUGAUCGCUGUGUGCUAGGUCGGAGCUGCAAGCAUGGCGGAUCAGCGCGUGGUGCCCAGCGAUCUCUUCCCUCACGUGCUGCGUUUUCUGCAGGACAACCAGUUCAUAAAUGCGGCUAAAGAGUUUAAGAAGGCCACCGGGGCGAAGGAUCAGGACGCUAGCCCGGCCUCGCUUCUUGAGAUUUACAGUGAUUGGAUUAAGUCUCCAGAUUCAAAGAAAAGGAAACACCCAGUCAAUGGCCUGCCUGCUAAGAAAUCUGCCAAGGAAUCCAGCAGCGAUGAGAGCUCCAGUGAAGAUGAGGAACCACCUGCAAAGAAACAGGCUGUUACAGCAGGCAAAAAGCCCAUACCCAAAGUGCCUCCACCAAAGAAGGCCAAAAGCAGCAGUGAAGACUCCAGUGAUGAUUCUGACUCUGAAGAAGACACUAAGAAAGCUCCUCCACAGAAAAAGACCACUCCUCAGGUGAAAGCAACAAAUGUCAAAACACCACCUCAGAAGAAAGCAAAGGAUUCCAGCUCUGACUCUAGUAGUUCUGAAGAUGAAGCACCUAAGAAAAAGCCGCUACCUGUCAUUAAGAAGUCCCCAGCAGCAGCAAAGACCACUCCAGUAGCAAAGCCUGCUGCAAAAGCUAGAAAAUCUGACACUAGCAGUAGCGAAGAGUCAGAAGAUAGCACACCAGCAAAGACAGCAGCUACCAAGACUCCGCCGGCCAAGUCCCCUGCAGCUGUCAAACCUCCAGUUAAGAAGGUAGCCAAGGGUAAGGAUGUCUCUAGCAGUGAAGACUCAUCUGAUAGCUCUGAGGAUGAAGCCCCAGCUGCAAAGGCUAAACCAAAGCCAGGUGUGUAUAGUGCUGUCCCCCCACCAACAGUAGGUGGAAAAGGUACGCCAAAGGCAAAUGCUAAAAAAGCAGAAAGCAGCAGUGACUCUUCAGAUGGUGAUGAGAAGGAACCGCCAGCAAAAAAAGGAAAGACCACUCCGAGUAAGUCUCCUGCGCAGCCUCCAAAACCUGUGGCAAAAAAGGCAAAAGAGUCAUCAAGUGAUGCAGAUUCAAGUGACGAAGAUGAGAAAAAGUCGACUAAACCAGUACCAAAAAGUACUGCUGUUAAGAAUUCCACCCCAUCGUCCCAGAAAAGUACACCAGUAAAGCCUGCCCAGGCCAAGAAGGACUCCAGCUCUUCUGAUAGCUCUGACUCAAGUGAUGAAGAUGAGAAGGCUAAGCCUGCUGUGAAAACUCCACCUGCAAAGCCUGCUGCAAAGGUGACCCCUGCAAAGCCUGCUGCAAAGGUGACCCCUGCAAAAGCGGCGGCAGCCAAAAAGGAUUCAAGCUCCUCUGACAGCUCAGACUUGAGUGAUGAAGAAAAGAAGGCUCCUGCAAAGCCUACUGCCAAGGUGACUCCUGCAAAGCCUGCUGCCAAGGUGACUCCUGCAAAGCCUGCUGCCAAGGUGACUCCUGCAAAGCCUGCUGCCAAGGUGACUCCUGCAAAGCCUGCUGCCAAGGUGACCCCUGCAAAACCUGCUGCAAAAGCGACCCCUGCAAAGGUGACCCCUGCAAAAGCGACCCCUGCAAAAGCUUCAGCAGCCAAAAAGGAUGCAAGCUCUUCUGACAGCUCAGAUUCAAGUGAUGAAGAUGAUAAGCAGCCGGCUAAGCCCCCAGUGAAGACCACUCCUGCACAAAAGAAGCCACCAGUGAAGACUACCCCUGCACAAAAGAAAAAAGAUUCCAGUUCCGACAGCUCUGACUCCGACAGUGAGGAAGAAGCUAGCAAGAAGCCUGCUGCUAAACAGACUUCUACAGCAAAGACUCCCCCUGCCAAAAAAGUGAACAAUGAGCUUGACAAAAAGACCCCUGUAAAAGCUGCUACUCCCAAGGCUGCAGAAAGCAGUUCAGACAGCUCAAGUAGUGAAGCGGAAAAAAAGAUUGUAAAAGCUGUCAAAUCCCCUGCUUCUGCAAAGAAGCCCAUUGCUGUAAAUAAGUCAAAGGCGAGUAGUAGCUCCUCAUCAGACACUUCCAGUGAUGAAGAGGAGAAGCCUAAAAAGCCUGCUGUGAAAAAGACAUCCGUCCCAGUAAAGAAAGCAAGUAGCAGUUCUGAAGACAGUAGCUCAGAAGAGGAUGCUAAGAAGCCAGCAGCUACCUCAAAGUCACCGGCAUCUGCUAAACCAGCUACUCCUAAGACUGCCAACUCCACACCGAAAGCAGCUGUUAAGAAACCAGAGGAGAGCUCAGAGGACAGUUCCUCCAGCGAAGACGAAGAGAAUGAUAAUUCUGGUAAGCAGAAAACAGCUGGAAAAACACCCGAGAAUAAGAAUAUUAAAGUGUCAACUCCAAACACAUUCCCCAAGGCUAACAAGAAGGAAGGUGUCAAAAAUGUCCCAUUCCGAAGAGUAGUUGAAGAAGAAGUGGAAGUUGAUCCUCGGGUUGCUAAUAAUUCAUUUGAAGCAAAGAGAGGGGCAUUAGGAGACUGGGGGGAGAGAGCCAACAAUGUCCUAAAAUACACAAAGGGGAAGUCAUUCCGCCAUGAGAAGACGAAGAAAAAGCGAGGCAGUUACUGUGGUGGUGCCAUUUCCACAACUGUGAAUUCUUUUAAGUUUGACAGUGAAUGAACUAAACUGUCGGCUUCCAGUGGACUUAAUUCUGACAUUGUCCAUAAUUAAUUUCUGGACUCGUGUUGCGUCCGUUCAAGAGAUUUUAUUUUGUAUGAAACAGAGAUUUGGGGUUUGCUACAAAGUAUAAUUUCUGUAUAUUUAUAAAUUUGCAAUUACCUCCUGCAACUUUUUUUUUAUUAUUAUUUUUAAGAGGUCAUUCAGUUAGUGAAAUGAUUUUUUUUUUUUUUUUUAAAUAAAGGUCAAAACGGCUUAAAAAUAAUAAUUUUCUGAUCCCCCAAUUCUCUUCUCCCAUUUCUGUGUGCUGCCCCCCCCUCCCUGACCUUUCCCGGUUUCUCUUGACAUGGAAAUGUGACUCACGCAAUUACUGCAAUCACUGGUACAGCAGGGACUUUAUUUUUACUAAAGCUGCUUUCACACUAGUGGCAGGACGGACCCGACAGCCUUUUCACCCUGUCGGAUCUGUCCUGCCGAUGUACCGCGCCCAUUGACUAUAAUGGAGACGGGCGUGAAGCUUCGGCAGUGCACGGCGAGAGGCCGCCGGACUAAAAGUACUACAUGUCCGACUCUUUAGUCUGGCGGCUUCUCACUGCAGUGCUGCGCCGGAGCUCCACCCUCAUCCCCAUUAUAGUCAAUUGGGGCGGAGCGACGACAGGACGGAUCUGCCAGGGUGAACAGCCUGUUGGAUCCAUCCUGCCACUAGUGUGAAAGUACCCUAAGCCAUUCUGACUUUAUUUUUUACCAGCUGGGCAAACACUCUAACAUGUUAUAACAGUUUAACAAGUCCUCAAAUUAAAUGGUUGUAUUCUAUGAUGUUUUAUUGUUUUUCUGAUUUUCUAGAAUUAAAAAACAAAUAAAACCUCAUUUCAAAUAUUUUAGUUUUUAUUUUUUUUGUGAGAUUUAGCCCACUUGGUGGUUUGGCGGUUGUAAAUUUUGCAAUACAUUGGUAUUUUUAUAAUGUUUUUAUUUAUUUUUAGUUUUAUUUGGGGAAAACUAAAUUUUUCCACAAUGUCCUUAUUUAACCCUUUCAUGACCAAGGGUCAUUGAUCCCCCAGUGUCCAGGUCAAAAUUUACAAAUCUUACAUGCGUCACUUUGUUGCUUUGGAACACUUUUAUUUAUCCAAGCCAUUCUAACAUUGU